UUCCGAGGGCCCCGGCCCCGCCCCCGCGCUCCCAGUGGGCUGGGCGGACUGAGAAGGACCCCGGUCCCAGCUUGGGGGGCCUUUUUGGGCUUGGGCUUGAUCGGGGCGCGUUCCCUCAUCCUCGGGGUCUCGUCCGCCCACCCCUCCGGAAUGCCCCUUCCCUCGUGAUCCCCAGGGCCUGAUCCCGGGCGCCCUUGGCCCUUUCUAGGGACAGACGCGCGGCCCUCUCGGGGGUGAGGGGCCGGGCCUUGCUGGCCCCCGGCCUUCCAGCCCCGGGCAGGCCUGCAUCCUUGCCCCGAUUACGGGCCUCCUCUCCUCGCCAGCGCCUGCCUCGGACUCCUCCGCCCCGGUAUCCUCCCGCUGAGCAGCCGCCGCCCCCCAGGACCCCCUUGUGGAGGACCCCCGGCGUGCCAUGUCUCCAUUGUCUCUGCCGUCCCCCAGGGCAGCACCCCUCUCAUCGGCAGCCCCUCGCAUUCAGGUGCCUUUUAGGGAACUGUCUUUGCACAGCGGAACCUGUGCCUUUUGACAAUUCUGCUCCCCCACAAGAGGGGAGCACGGAGGAGGAGGAGGGAAUGGCUGAUGUAUUUCUGACAAGCUGGCUCCACCAGGAGUCAGUGACCUUCAAGGAUGUGGCCGUGGAUUUCACCCAGGAAGAGUGGAUGCACCUGAACCCUUCUCAGAAGGAAUUAUACAGGGACGUGAUGCUGGAGAACUACAGGAACCUGGUCUUCCUAGAUGUGAUCUCCCAGCUGGAACAAAGGAAAACGCCAUGGAUACUGGGGAGAGAAGACUACAGGAGCCCCUAUAUGGGUUGGGAAACUAAACUUGAAACAAAGGAAUCAGUUCUACAGCUGGACAUUGAUAUAAAUAAACCAUCCCUGGAAAAAUGCCCAACAAAUAGUUACCAGGAUUCCACACUGGAAGAAGAUUGGGAUUUUGAUGUUAAGAAAUUUUCUAAGCAUAAUGAAUUUGGAGAGUCAUCUCACUAUAAUUCAAACCUUUUCCAGGAUGAUAUAACAGAUAUUAUAGAGAGUACUUAUGGAUAUGAUGAAUAUAGGAAAGCUUUCAUCCAUCUUACUAGGUAUCAGGGAAUUUAUACCGGUGAGAAAUUUCAUAAAUGUUAUGAAUGUGGGAAAUCUUUUACCUGCAGCUCAUCUCUUAGGUAUCACUAUAAAAUUCAUACUGGAGAAAAACCUUUUGAAUGUGAAGAAUGUGGGAAGGCCUUUAUUCUCCGAGCACAACUUACAUCACACCUGAGAAUUCAUUCUGGAGAGAAACCUUAUGAAUGUGCUGAAUGUGGCAAAGCUUUUAGGUCCAACUCAUCUCUUACCUACCACCAGAAAAUUCAUACAGGAGAGAAACCUUAUCCAUGUAGUGAAUGUGGGAAGGCCUUCAGGUCGAAAACACAGCUCAAUUCCCAUCAGAGAAUUCAUACUGGAGAGAAACCUUAUGAGUGUAAUGAAUGUGGGAAGACCUUUGCCCAGAGCACACCACUUACUACCCACAGGAGAAUUCAUACCGGAGAGAAACCUUAUGAAUGUAAUGAAUGUGGCAAAGCUUUUAGAUAUAAUUCAUCCUUUAUUUACCACCAGAAAAUUCAUACUGGAGAGAAAUAUUAAUAAAUAUGAAGAGGCCUUUCUUUGGGUAGAACAUGCCUUAUUUACUAUCAGAAAAUUCAUAUUAGCAAGAAAUCUUAUGAAUGUAAUCAGUGUUAGAAAGCCUUUGGCUAGAGAACACAAUUUAUAUGCUAACAAAAUGUUCAUCCUAGGAAGAUUUCUGAAUGUGGAACAGCAUUCAUUUGAAGCUUAUCCCUUAUUUGGUACAAGAAAACUCAUGUUGUAGAGUAACCCUGAAAGUAUAAGCAAUACAUCAAAAAAUAUUGUUGCAGCUAGGACAGGAGUCUCAUCUUCAUUUUCCCCACCAUUGAGCAGUAAAUGCUUUCUAAAGGGGUAAUUUUAUGAAAACUCAUCAGCCACAACAAAGAGAUGAAGGAUAGCUCAUGCACAAAACUAAUGUAUUUAAGCCACGUUUACUGGGCUGAAAUUUUCGGCUGCAGUUAACUGACUUCUUGAUUUUACAUCGAGAUCUAGAAACAGGUUAGUGCCAGUCGCUGUGAUAUAGGUCCACAGAGAAAGCAGUAGCCCAAAGAAAGGUUGCUGUUACUUCCUCAUAUAUGGGGAAAUUCUUGCUUCCUCACAGGGGCUAUGGCAUCCUUUUUAGUUUUUCCUAGUUCCAAAUUCUAUACUGUAUGGGAUUUGGGCCAGAGGACUGCAGAAGCCUAUAUCUGCAGGCAUAGGGGGUAGCUUUUGAAGGACCCCCUUAGCCGUAAAGAAAGUUAAUGAAGAAUAAGACUUGGGCCACUUUUAACAAGAGCAAAAACUACAUAUCUGUUUCUAUCUAUAUAGAUGUCUAUAGAUCUGUCUAUAUAUAGAUAGAAAGAGAUAUGUAUAUAUAGAUAUGUAGAUAUUGAUAUAUAGAUGUAGAUGAAUUCAGAGAAUAUGCAAAAACUUCUGUGAAGUUCUGGAAGAAAAAAAGUAUAACCUAAAGAAUAUUAUGCAUGUUGAUUACUAUAAUAUAAAUGGAGACAGCUUCAAAA